AUGUCCAAAAAGACCGUGUAUAUCGGCGGUUUGGCUGAGCAGGUCAACGAAGAGACUUUAUUGAGUUCCUUUGGUACCUUUGGCGAUAUCAGUGAUGUGCAGCUCCCUAAAGAGACGGAUCAGCCGACAAAGCAUCGAGGCUACGCCUUUAUCACGUACAAUGAGGAAGAAGAUGCAGAAGAUGCCAUUGAUAACAUGAAUUUGAAUGAGUUUCAUGGGAAUGUGAUUUCUGUGAAUUUCGCCAAGGCACAAAAGAUCUCGACCAACGAUACCCGACGGCCUAUUUGGGAGACAGAUGCAUGGCUCCAAGUGCAUAACACAGCGGCACAACCUGACCCGCAGGCGGGAGAGGACUCGCUUUAA